AUGAGUGUAACCAAGGUCUAUGGUUUACUUAUGAUAACAAAUAAAGGAGAGCUUACUAAGGCAAAAUAAAUAAAAAAGGAACAUUUGUCAAUGAAAACUUCAUGCAAGUUUACUCUUAAUAGGUUGAAGGAUAAUAGAUUGAAACUAUUAUUGAUGCAGCUUUUUUUGAAAAAUUAUGAUUAAGUUUAAGUUUCAAGCGAUGGAAUUCAUAUAUUUUUAAAAUGCAAGAACUCCAUCGACAUUUAUGAUUUAAAUUGGAAUUAGAUUCAUAAUUUUGAUUUGGAUGAAGACUUUUGCUUUUAUAAAAUGUUUCCUUUUGAAUCUGAUCAUUAUAUUACGAUAUUCUACAAAAGUAGAACAGAAUGCUUUUAAAUAACUGGAAAUAGAAUUCAAACAAUCAUUAGAUCAGAGAUUAGUCGUGAUACUAAGAAUUAGGUGAAAGGUAACCCAAUAAUUGAUAAAUUAUACUAAGGAUUUUUGAAAUUUGGGCCUCACUCUGAUUUUAUUGGAUGCCCAUCUUCAACCAAUCUUGCCGUUUGUAUUUAAUCAAAUAUUGUUAAAAAAGACAUGCUGAAAAAAUACAUUGACAACUUAAGAAUUUACACUGUUUAAUAUGAGAUUUUUAAUUCUGGUCAAAUUAAAUCUCUAGAUUUUAUCAAAAGCAGAGUGCCUAUUCAUCUAGCGACUAUAGAGAAUUUCAACUUAAUGCCACUAUCAAAUGGUGUAAAUAUCACUGAGGAAAUUCUUAAUUUUAUCGAAAAUAGUCCCAAAAAUGAUUAGUUAAAAUCAAUUAUUUAGCUGAUAAACAUUGGAAUUUAUGAAUAAUUUCUAAACAAUGUUAAAUCAGAUAUUAAAGUGAUAUCUAUUGUUGGAAAACAAAGUUCUGGUAAAAGUUAUGGAAUGAAUAGAUUUUUUGGAACUAGAUUUGGUGUAGCGGCUAACAGAUGUACUGAUGGAAUUUGGAUGUCAAUCGUUGAGGUAUUAAAUGACGAGGGAUAACCAAAGUUAUUUGUUGUUCUUGAUUGCGAGGAUAAAAAAAGAUGGAUAAAUGGAAGAGAUUUUGUGGAGAGUUUAAAAAUAGUAUUACUUUAAGUAUUAUUAGAUGAUGAUACUAGCAUGGAUAUGCAUAAAACAAGAAUAAAUGUUGAAAAUGUUUAUUAAACUUCAAUACAAUUAUUUCAAAAUGGGGAUGAUAAAGUUUUUGAUAAAGAAGCACUUGAUAUUGAAUUGAUUAAAAUAGGGGAAAUAAACUUUAAUGUUGAAGUAAAUCAAAAAAUUUUAGUUUUAAAUCAAACAAUAGAUAUAAAAGAAAGAAAUCAAGAAUAUCCUAAAUAUUCGAAUCAACUUCAAGAAGAAUUUGAGAAAAAUACUACUUCUUAUAGUAUUAUUAAGCAUAAUGAUUGGAAAGUAAAAACCAAUGUAUACAAAUUUAUGGGCACUAAGGCAGUCACAGAUGCAGUGAAGGUGAUCAUAAAUGUCCUGCUAAAUGUCAAAUUUAAAAUGGAUGCAAUUCACUAUGCUCAAUGGAGAUUGAUCAUAAUAAACAUUCACAUUUGUGAAAGUGAGUGCGUCGAAGAAGGAGUUUGUAUAGUGUCCUUCUAGCAAUAGGAGAAGAUUUGGAAGUCUGGAUCUAGAGAAUUCCCUUAUAUUUUCUAUUUGCCUCUGAUUCAAAGAUUGCAAUGCAAGUUGCCAAUAGAGAAAUAUGAUAGACAACAUCAGUAAUCUCAUAAUUGUUUGGCUGAAUAUCAUAGAUGCGAUGCUUAAUGCCCAGAAUGCAAGAGUUUCUGUAAAGAAACAGUAAAUCAUUCUGGCAAUCAUAGGUCUAAUGCUCAUAGAAAUAAAGAAAAUUGCAUAUUUUUGUCAAACAAAAACUAUGAGAGAAUUCAAAUUAAAACUCAAGAUGGAGUGAGAGAAUUUAGAGCAGGAGAAUCCUGUGAGCCAGAUACUUGUUAUUCAUCAUGUUCAAGAAGAGGCAGAGCUCAUUAUCAUCUCAAGAAAUGCUUAGGAGAAAAUUAGUGCAUGGCAUUAAGUAAUCCAAAUGCUCAACAUUCGAGUGAAACAUAUUAUCCCUUUGAAAAUGAAGUAUACGAUAAGUGGCUCUGCAAGUAAUAUUGGGAGUAGAUGGGUUGGGAUGCUCCUAUUGAGGGAAAUUUAAAGGAAGAGUUCCAGCUUUGUAGGUUCUUUUGCUCUCAUAAGUCUCAUAAAGGUACACCUGAAUAUUGUAUAAAAAAGGCUUGGCAUUAGGAAGAUCAUAAGUUUAAUUGUGGUCCUCACCAAAAAGAAAUCACUAAUAUGGUUGAUAUAGUAUUCUGCUAAGACACCACAGGGUCUAUGAAGAGCUACCUUGAAUAAUCAAAGUCUACUGUGAAAAAAAUCAUAGAAGAAUUUAAGCAAAAAGUAUCAUCAAUUGGAUAUCAAAAGCUAAGAUUUGGUUUUGUUGCAUACAGAGAUCACCUUCCUCAUGAUACAACAUAUGUUACAAAAAUUCAUCCCUUAGAUGAAGAAUCAAAGAUCAUUGACUUUAUUGGCACACUUACAGCAGAAGGUGGUGGUGGUGAUGGCCCUGAAGCGGUAAUGGAUGGUUUGUAUGAUUCUAUUCAUAGCGUUAAUUGGAGAUAAGAUUCUCUUAGAUUCAUUUUUCAUAUUGGAGAUGCGCCUCCUCAUGGAAGAGAAUAUCAUACAGCAAUGAGAAAUUUUCUUAAAAUCAUAACUUUAGGUUUAAGAUCCUUGGAUAAUUAUCCAGAUGGAUGCCCAUGCUUGAUUAGAAUUGAUGAUAUUGCACAUUAUAUGUUGGAGAAAUAAAUAAAAUAUAAAUUCUUAAAACUUAGUUCAGACACUAAUAUCAUGGUUCAAAUAUUUAAAUCAAAAAUUAAUGGAAUGGAAGUUAUUGAGGUGGAUGAGCCACUCUAACUUGAUUUGAAGGUUUCAGGAGCUAUAAUUAGGGAAAUUAUUAACAAUGAUUAAGACAUUAUAUUUGAGAAUGAAGAAGAUCUAUGA